AUGAGAUUGCAAAUGCCCUGGUACCUACAGUCCAGCAAUGAGAAAGAUUCUGAACAGCUGUCAGAUGCGAGUUUGAUGUCUGUGAAUGAACCAGUCAAUAUCUAUAUAGACGACAACAGCGAUAGCAAUAUUAAUGACAGCUCAUCUUCUUCAUCCAGCUCUGUGUUCGAUUUAUCCCGCCGCACACCUCACAACUGCAAGGACCCAGAGGAAGACCGUGCACUUCAGUUUCAGGAAGAUGAGGAGUACAAAUUCAUAUUGCAGGACCUGGAAGAGGCAGCAAAAGAGCUAGAUAUUGGUGUUGAGCUUGAACAAGAAUGCAACUUCUACGAUCUUCAUAUGUCUGUUCAAUUACAUGCUAAAAAGCUGGCCACAGUACUCACAGUACUACCUCCAUCACUCUAG